AUGCCUCCAGAACGGACCAAUGCUCCAGUGAAGCUUUCUCUGCCCUUGCAAUACCAGCAGGAGCUCUUCACUGAACUACGUGCAGAGGAUGAGCUAGUCGUCCUGGCACGCGGCCUUGGACUGCUACACCUGAUUACGAACCUCCUUCAUUUCUACGAUGCCGCAGGAAACAACCUGGUCCUGGUGGUGGGGGCAGAUGACCGUGAGAAUGAGUGGAUCGGAGAAGCAUUGGCGGAACACUAUGCGACCAGCAAAUCUCCUCUCGCGAGGGGGCUGAAGGUCAUCAAUACCGAGAAAGCUUCAGUGCCGAUGAGAGAGAAAAUCUAUGCCGAGGGUGGUGUUCUGAGUGUAACAUCCAGAAUUCUGGUUGUGGACCUGUUAUCCAAGCUUCUUGACCCUGAGAAAAUCACUGGCAUGGUUAUAUUACAUGCCGAUAAAGCUGUGGCAACAUCACUGGAAGCUUUCAUUGUCCGGGUUUAUCGUCAAACCAACAAGCGUGGUUUCCUGAAAGCGUUCUCUGAUUCGCCUGAGCCGUUUACUACCGGCUUCGCUCCACUGGCCAACAUGCUGAAGAACCUAUUCUUGCGCAAAGCAUCACUGUGGCCCCGCUUUCAUGUCUCCGUGGCUGAAUCCCUAGAAGGAAACCGCAAGGCGGAAGUUAUUGAACUCGAGGUUCCAAUGAGUGACAAAAUGAGGGAGGUUCAGAACGCGGUUCUGGAAUGUGUCGAAAUCAGCAUUACAGAGUUGCGCAAGAGUAAUACCGGGCUUGACAUGGAAGAAUGGACGUUGGACAGUGCUCUCCACAAGAAUUUCGACAUGAUCAUCCGGCGUCAACUGGAUCCCAUUUGGCAUCGUGUCAGCUUCCGAACGAAACAAAUCGUCAAUGAUUUGGGAGACCUACGUUCAAUUCUUCAUGCUCUGCUCACCUACGAUGCAGUAUCCUUUGUGAAAUAUCUCGAUACUGUUGUGUCUGCAAAUACUCCACCUCCAGGCUCGAACAGACAUAACUACUCGCCGUGGCUUUUCCUCGAUGCUGCUCACGUUCUCUUUCAAACGGCCAAGUCGCGCGUGUACGAAGGCAAAUUAAACAACGAAUUGAGCCGCAUCUCAUCUUCAACUACCUUUUCUGCUGAGCUGAAGCCAUGUCUCGAGGAGUUGCCGAAGUGGAAUGUCUUAUCAGACGUCCUUGCAGAGAUCGAAAAUGACGCUUACCUUCAUCCCGCGAACGUGGAUCAAUCUAAUAGCACUAUCUUGAUUAUGUGCAACGACCAAAGAAUUUGCCGUCAGCUCCGAGAGUAUAUCGGCACAAUGCAUGCCAAGGUCGCCCAAGGAUCUGACUCUAAGGACGAUGAGCAACCCGAUGAGCAAAAGUCUUCCGCGGAGCUGAUGCUGCGUCGUCGACUACGAGAUUACCUGAAUUGGAAAAGGUCACUUUCGAAUGUCAACAAAAAUUUGUCUGGAGAAGAAGACAAGACUGGAAAGCCCUCUGACUCACCUGCGGCCCAGAGCGCGCCUCAAGGGAGGCCUCCAGCCAACAAGCGCCGUCGGGUUCGUGGCGGUGGUGCAGUCACAUCCGCCGCAGGCCGCGUACCAAAUACCAGUGUUCAGACUGAGGUCGAAUUGCCCGGUCAAGUUGUCAGCUUGCUCACCGAAAUCCAGCCAACCGAGGUCGAGGAAACUCAGAAAGAAGAGGUGAUCCUCGAUGAUUUGGAAGACAUGGAGGAUUUCUAUGAACUUUAUGACAUGAAUGAUCUAGUCAUGAUUCACCCUUACGACGGCGAUAUGGAUGAGCAUAUACUUGAGGAGGCACGUCCUCGGUAUAUCAUCAUGUACGAGCCCGAUGCCGCAUUUAUUCGAAGAGUGGAAGUAUACCGUAGCUCUCACUCGGGUCGAAAUGUGAAGGUAUACUUCAUGUACUAUGGUGGCUCGGUCGAGGAGCAACGGUACCUGAGUGCUGUGCGGCGAGAGAAGGACUCCUUCACGAAGUUGAUUAAAGAAAAAGGCAAUAUGGCAGUUACCUUGACACACGACAAAAAGAACGAAGACCCGCAAGAGCAAUUCCUCCGAACGGUGAAUACUCGAAUUGCGGGAGGUGGGCGGCUGGCAGCCACCGCAUCUCCUCCCCGCGUCGUUGUCGACGUGCGCGAGUUCCGAAGUGCGCUCCCGUCUCUGUUGCAUGGGAACAACAUGGUUGUGGUUCCCUGCCAUCUUACCGUAGGCGAUUAUAUCCUCACACCAGAUAUUUGCGUGGAGAGAAAGUCCAUUCGAGAUCUCAUCACGUCUCUGAAGAACGGUCGUCUCUACAAUCAAGCCGAGACAAUGCUUCAGUACUACAAGUAUCCCCUUCUUCUGAUCGAGUUCGACCAGAACAAGUCUUUCACCUUCGAUGCGUUUGCAUCUGUUCCGACUGGCCCGGUCCUCAAGACAGACCAAGGCUUUUCAUCCUCUGGCACCGCCACAUCCAGCAGCAGUAGCUUCCUUGCCAACCCUUCUAAUCCAAAAUCUGCCCAGCAUCAGCUCGUCCUCCUCACUCUUGCGUUCCCUCGACUGAAGAUUGUCUGGUCCUCCUCGCCUUACCAAACCGCCGAGAUUUUCGCCGAGCUGAAGAAGAACGCACCAGAGCCCGAUCCACUUCGUGCAGUCCAGCUGGGCUUGGAUGUUGAUAUCUCGAACUCGGUCAGCUCAGGCGACGUCAUGGCAGCAGCUGGAAUCGAGCCUCGUAGCACCUUCAACCUCCUACCCCAGGACAUGCUGCGGGCGGUCCCUGGUGUCACUCCGCAGGCCUUGGAGCGACUCAUCAUUGAAACGGACAACAUCAGCGAUGCCGCCAAUAUGGACGUUGAGCAGCUCGAUCCGCUGGUCGGCAAAGAAGCUGCACGGAAGAUAGUUGCCUUUUUCCGGAAGAGUGUUUUUGAUUGA